UCGGAAUUUUCAGACGAUGAUGAAAAUUGAUGUGAAGCAGCCGUAUCAUUAUUCCUUUUUUUUAUGACACAGAAUUGUUGACAGCUAUCGUAAAUUAGGUGAAAUAAGUGCGUUUCUCUUCCAAUACAAAAUCACGUUUUAAUAUAAACUGGUUAAUUACCUUAGCACAAGAAAACAUGGCUACAGCAUCAUCGGCGAAGGAAUUUUCCUUGAAAUGGAAUAACUUUUCCAACAACUUAUCUUCUGGUUUUCUCUCUCAUUUGAGUGAGAAUGAUUUAGUUGAUGUAACACUUGCUGUGGAGGGACAAUUAUUGGCUGCCCACAAACUAGUCCUUUCUGUGUGUAGUCCCUACUUCAAAAAUAUAUUUAAGGAAAAUCCCUGCCAACAUCCAGUAAUAAUAUUGAAAGAUGUAAAACAUACAGAAAUUGUAGCUUUGCUAAGAUUCAUGUACCAAGGAGAAGUGAAUGUAAGACAGGAAGAUCUGCCAACUUUCUUAAAAAUGGCACAGAUGCUUCAGAUAAAAGGAUUGGAAGGUGGCGAGGGGCAAAUUAUACCGAUGUUAAACAAUUAUGUCAAUGUGUCGGAUUCGCAAAAUGAUUCUGAGAAUGUAACUAUCUUAUCAGAUGCCAUGAAUGAACGAGAAAAUGUCUCAAAUGAAUCUCCAAAUUUUCAUAAGAUAGCCAAGAGAAACAUAAAAAAGAGAAAGAAACAUGUGGUUGAAAAUGACAACAAUUCAGUAAAAGAUUCCAAAAAUGAGCCAAAUGUCAACAAUAAGGAUCAUCUCUUAAUAGAUGAUAAUGAGAAAGAGGUUAAUGACUCUGAAAGUGAAAAGGAUAACAUUGCUAGUCAUGUCAAACAUGACACGACUAGCAAUGCUAAUAAUGAUAAUGAAGAAAUAAUUGAAUUGCCUAAUGAACCAAAUUUGGAAGAAAAUUUGAUACAAUCAGCUGUGGAACCAGUGAUAUAUAGGCUAUCCGCCAGAGGCAAACCGCAAUUAGUUCACGAAGGAUAUGUAUAUAAUUUGACCUCCCGUUCUAAGAUAUAUAAUAAUUCGCAUUAUCGUUGCGCAGAGCAACAUCGUGGUUGCCGCGGCAAAUGCUCAGUGAUCGCUGAGAGGUUUAUGCCGACAGGGGUGCACGAUCACAAUCAUCCACCGAGUUAUCAAUCAGAAUAUGAUUAUAGAAAGAAAAAAGGCUUAGAUACCAGUAAUGUUUAAGAGAUAUUAUUCCAUGCUACAUU